CUACUACGAACUAUUGUGUGAAUACUUUAAUUAAAAAACUAUUAGAAUGGCUAUUAUAGAUAUUCAAUGUAUUCUUGGAGUAAAUAAUAAAUAUUUUAUAAAGGAGAUGUCUAUAGUAGACAUAGAAUCAUUAGCUAUUCAACAUUGGAUAUUUAAACAUACUUCAAUUAAACAAGAUACAAAAUCUCAAAGCGUUAACAGAUGGUUGAUGAGGUAUUAUCAUGAGAUUCCUCUCGAAUACGGAGACGUAGAUUAUGGUGAACUCAACGAGAUUUUAAAAUCGUUAAAAUUUGACUGUAUAUAUGUGAAAGGAUUACAAAAACAACAGAUUUUACAAAAGUUCAUAUCAAACAUUACAAUAAUAAAUUUAGAAGACCUUGAAUGUCCGCGGUUAAAUCAAUUACAAACUGAUAAUACUCUACCUCGAUGUAUUUAUCAUAAAGAUUCAAGUUCUAAACAAUGCACACUUUACAAAGUAUUUGCAUUACACAAAUGGUUAGUUAAUAAACUCUAA